UAGAAAGGUAGCAAAUUCUCCUCACUUAUUUUAAGACUAUGAGUAUUGGUUUAACAAGCCAGUUUGCUACAUUGAAAUAGCGAUGCCCAGUUAUUAUUGAAUAUGCAAUCAGGAGUGCUUAAAUCCGAUGGGCCUUCCUCUGUAACCAAAACCUUUUAUCUAACCCUUCUAUAUGAAAUUUCUUUACAGCUGUCACACGCCACUAUCGAAAAAUUUUGUCAGGAUGAAAAAAGUGACGAAUAAGGCAAAUCAUCGGAAAGAUCAAGUAGGUCUCAAAAAAGGCGACUGUUUUGCCAAAAGCUCUCCAACAGUACCUGAAUUAAAAUAUAUCACCCAAGUGGAGUGAUAUUUCAGCAGUUCCGGCGGUGAACUGAGUGCCGCUCCUGACUCUAACGUGAAGAUAGUUAUCGGAAACGGUGCAAUUGGAGACAGCCAGUUAGUCUUCUUCCGUGUGGUCGAUGAUGAAAAGGAGUUGCUCCGAGAUAUCCCCGUAGGACCUGAAGAGACACUCAUUUCCCCUGUGAUUGAAUGCGGACCGCAUGAUAUCAGCAUCUCAAAGCCACUAGAGAUUAUAAUUCCACAUUGCCUCUAUAUGGGUAAAGCAGAGGAAAAAUGGAUAAGUGUCUACAGAACUGACCCAGGUCCCAUCAAGUGGGAGAAAAUCCCUAACGAAUUAGAGAAAAACAAUCUGUCAAAUGCAUGGUUUACAGUACAGGAGGACUCCAUUCAUAUCCAAACCAUGACAUUCUGUUUCUGGAGCAUAUUUUUCUGUGGAGGAACGAGGAGAAAUAGAGCUAUAGUGUUUGCUAACAAGCCGAAUCCCGGAUCGGAUCUUAUCUAUUUAAGAUUCUAUACUUACAGUGAUAACGAGGAUUCCAGGAGGAGGGUGGAAAAUCGAGAAAAGCUGUAUUCUGAUUCGUCCAGGCCUUCAAAAGAGAAACCCUUCAAGGUGUACGACCACAGCAAAAAGAUAAUCGUGAGACUCGAGGAUCUUAAGGAAGGCUGGGAAUUAGACAAGACGACGGAUGGCGAGAAGGUCGUUUGCGCUCGAGCCUAUGGCGGUAGACUUCGCUCUCAAAUUCCAGAUACAUGUGCGUUUGCAGUAAAACCAGUGAAAGGUCCACUUGUGAAUGGAUUCUGUUGCAAUAUAAAGUUCCAACAAGAGGAUAGUGAUGCAAAACAUAUAAUCUAUGUGAACCCUGGCUUUACGCCUGUGAAGGUGGAGAGUCUUCAUGAACCUUGUAAAAUACAGGUGAAGGAGGCAGAUCCACAAGUGGAGGGAUAUUUCGACAGUUCCAGCGGUGUGCUGAGCGCCGCUCCUGACUCUUACCCUGCUUCUGACUCUGCAGACUCUGAGGUUACGAAUACUACAGUUCUUUGUGAAGAUCAAGUAGGUCUCAAAGACCACAAAGAAGGUGAUUGUUCACCCAACAGCUCUCCAACAGUGCCUGUAUUAAAAUACAUUAAUCAAGUGGAAGGACAUUUCAGCAGUUCCGGCGGAGAACUGAGUGCCGCUCCUGACUCUGAAGUGAAGAUAGUUAUCGGAAACGGUGCAGUUGGAGACAACCAGUUGGUCUUCCUCCGUGAAGUCGACGAUGAAACGAAGUUGUUGCAGAAUAUCCCUGUAGGGCCUGACGAGACACUCAUUUCCCCUGUGAUUGAAUGUGGACCAGAUGAUAUUAGCCUUUCAAAGCCUUUAAAGAUCAUUGUUCCACAUUGCCUCGAAAUGGGUGAAGUUGAGAAGGAAUGGAUUAGUGUUUACAGAACUGACCCAGGUUGCAUCAAGUGGGAGAACAUCCCUAACGAAGUAGAGAAAGAUGAUCUGUCAAAGGCGUGGUUCACAGCUAAAGAGGACUCAAUCCAUAUUAUGACCAUGAAAUUCUGUUACUGGUGCAUAUUUUGCCGUGGAGGAACGAGGAGAAAGAGAGCUAGAGUUUUUGCCAACAAGCCGGAUCCAAAUUGCGAUCUCAUUUAUUUGAGAUUUUAUGUUUACGGUGACAACGAGAAUUCUAGGAAGAGGGUGGAAAAACAAGAAAAGCGAUAUACUGAAACGUCUAGGCCUUCAAUUGAGAAACCUUUCAAAAUGUACAACAACAGCAAAAAGAUAAUCGUGAGAGUUGACGAUCUUAAGGAAGGCUGGGAAUUAGACACGACGACAGAUGGCGAAAAGGAGUUACUCUGCCAUAGCUUUCGCAGUAAAGAUUCAUGUGAUUUCCAAGUAAAACCAAUUGCAGGUGGAGUGGGGACCGAGGCUUUCUCUUGUAAUAUAAAGUUUAAGCAAGAAGGCCGUGAAGCAGAGCACACAUUCUGUGUGAGCCCUGGCUUUGAGCUUGUGGAGAGACCUACUCCAGGUCAGAUCACUGAGGAGAGUAGCGACCUGCAGGUGACAUCAACCCCUCGCACGCACUUAAACAGUGUAGCUGGAUGCUCGACGUCCUCAGCGCCAGACGAAAGUGACACGAACAACUUAGAAGAACAAUCAAAACCUCCUAAAGUCUCGAAAGUCCUGGGAAGCCUGCUGGAUAAUAGGCCUAUACUAAAGAAAGUAUGUAACUCUCUUAACGCAGAAAAGCCAGGCCUUGGAGACUAUCGCAAUGUUUGUUCACAUUAUGAUAUUGAUAGAGAUACAGUGACCACAGAUUUUAAAGAUCACGAAGCCGGACCUACAGGAGCCCUAUUGGAGUACUUGGCAGCUAAACACCCACAGCUAACAAUUGCUGAGUUUGCAAGUGUGGUGAGAGAAACUACAAAAAGAGAGGACGUUUCCAAGCUUUUAGAGGAAUAUGAUAAGCUGUAGGAAAAUUUUAAUUUUAAAGAGGCCAGUGUUACUUUGUAGUAAUUUUAAAGAGUUUAGUUAAAUAAUUACACGAUCGGCAGAAAAAAAUCCUCAGCAUAGUAAAUUUGGUGAAAAAUGUGCAACACAAUAUUUAAUAGGUAUAAUAUUUUAGUAAUCAUAUGCAGUAAGAAAAAAUACGAAAAAACAGAAUUAAUUGUGAUUUUCGGCAUGACUUAUACCACAUUCAGCUUAUAGACUUGUUACCUUUACUCCGUAGCCGCCUUCUCGCUUAUGGUCGUUUUAACGCUAUUUUGGCGACUUUUUUUGAACCGCGUGUUGUGCUAUCAUAUUUUUAUAACGAUAGCCUAGUGUAAUAGCCUUUCCUGUAGUUAUUUUUACUCACCGAAUUAGUCUGUGAUUGUAAUCAUAUUUUUUUUUUAUCCAAGUUCUGAAAGUAUUUUGAUGAUGAAAAAUAAAUUUGAACAUCAUUUAUAGUCACUUAGUAGAAAUCAGUGUAUGAAUUUGCAUUGCAAACAGAGUAACUUUCAUUUGACUGUCCAAAAUCUGUGUACAACAUCUGUGAUUGAUCAUGAAAAUUAUGGUCAUCCUUUCGACCAAUCAUAGGGAAAACGGAAAACAAUUGCUGCUUGGUUACUUGCGUUUUUGUUCGCCUUAGGUAGUUUGCUUUAUUAUGAUCAUUGCUAUUACUAUUAUCAUUAUCAUUAUCAUUAGCAUUAUCAUCACUUUUUUUUUGGAGUUGUCCUUUGCUCAAUCGCAAAGUGCUGGGCGAACCGUCGUUUGCGGUUAACUACGUUCUCAUAAAGUAAGAGUUUCGCCUGUGUUAUUCAUUAUUUACCUACAAAUGGACUGGUAGAUUGAAAAGAGAGGGUAAUAAAGGGUGUUUAACAUUUUGA